UUUCUUUUGACGAUGAAUAUACGUGCGUAAAUAAACGAUGACCAGUGAUUCUCAAAGUGGAAGUUACACAUAUGAAUUUUUAUGUUAAUGGGGAAUGCAUGGAUACGUCAUCGAUGUUGGAUAAACGUAAUCGCCUUGAAAUAUGUUUCUAUAUAUAAUAGUAUAUGUAAGUCGACUAUCUCUCUUUCUCUCUCUUUUUCUGUCUCUAUCUUUGCCUCUCUCUUUCUCUCUGUCUCUCUUUAACACGUUCGUUCUAUAUCUCUAUCUUUUUCUCUUUCUGAUAUCACAUAACGCAAGAUCGAUAAUUUAUCGGUCUUAUCAUACGAAUGGUAUUAUCGUAGCGAUAUUGGCGAUAAUAAAAAUAAAAAAGAAGGUAUUUAUACGAAGGGCUUAAAGAUAUAUAUGUAUUGAGAACGUUCGCAGUUUCUUAUCGUUUGUUGAACGUAAAUCUUUUUGCGGUUAAAUUCCGUGAUAUAUAGGAAUAAUAUACUAUAUGCAUAUAUCGCAUAUAUUUAUCUUUUUCUUUGUCCCUUUCUUCAUUUUUUUCUUUCUCAUUUAUUCUAUAUUCGUAUCUCGUCGAGUGAUAUCCGUUAUCCGAAUGGACUCGUUGUCGAGGUUAAAGAUAAAAAAUGUGAGCUGGUUAGAAAGAUAUAAAACAAAGCAGAGAAAUGGCAUUGACGAUCGUCCCAUCGGCCCGCGUUUUUAAUGGAAACGUCGCAGGCACGCAGGCUUACGUUUCCGGCUCUAAAUGUCUCUGUUGUCCAUACGGUUAUCACAUCGAUCUAGAUUUUGUACGUUACUGUGAGGCAGUAGCAGCUGGUAGUACAGGCGACAGAUCUAGCAUCGAGAGACGAAAGAAACGAGAACGCAGAAGACAAUGUCAGUCGAUGGAAGUUCUCUUAGGACUGGUGAGUCCGGCUCUAGCGGGAAUAGAGACCGAAUCGCCAGAAAUAUCGCGAGAAUCUUCAGCGUUAGCCACGUUGGCGACGUCUACGACGAGAAACAAUUGCGAUGGUUCGAGUACUAUACCAAGAUCGAGCCAUCAACGGCAUCGUCAACGUAUGGAAGAUAACAGGGACGAAUCCAGGACUACUGCUAGUAUUAAUACUACUGUUACUACUACUACUCCUACCACCGACACCUUGGAUUUGAGUGAUGUAGUAGGUGACUUCGAGGCAACCUUGAAACGUUCGUCAGGUGGAGGAUCUACGAGGAUUCGUGAUGAUCGUGUUGAAAUCGAUGGAACGACGAAGACAACGCCGGUGCAACCAACAACGCGAACGAAUGAUCUCGACGAUGCCAGCAUCGGAAGUGUUAAUUCAAAUCUCAGUACCGGUGCUCUUCAGAACAUUCGUGAGCAGAUGGCAGCGUCUUUGGAAAGAAUGAGAGAGUUGGAGGAACAGGUCAAGGCAAUUCCCAUGCUAGAGGUGCAACUGUCGGUAUUGAAAGAAGAGAAAAGGAAUCUUUUGCGACGAGUCGAAGAAUUGAGUAAAACGAAUUCUAAGGAGGAAAAGAUGAAGGAGAUGAAGGAGAUGAAGGAGAUGAAGCAGGUGAAAGAGAUGAAGGAGGUGAAAGAGAUAAAAGAGGUAAAAGAGACAAAAGAGUUAAAGGAGAUGAAAAAGAUAAAGGGAGAAAAGGAGAGGGACAGGGUGAGGGAGAGGGAAAGGAACGAUAGUUUGGAAGAGAUGAGAGUGGGAGAACAAACGAUGGAAAUCUCGAAGAGAUAUCGUAGCCAGUCGUUCUCAGAAGAACGGAAUUCUUGGCGAGAAUCAAGAAAGAAUAGCGAAUAUCGUGGUGGUGGUUAUGGUUGGUGGUAUGGUGACGUCGAUUCGACGCCUACCACGAGGGAUACCGGAACGAUGUGUGCCGUCAUGACGCGGGACGUCGGUGUUUCGCACCAGCAGGUCCGAACGCGAGACGUGGGUAUGUUGACGAGUACGCCGAUAAAACCAUGCUUAGAAAGAAGUCGAAUACGAAUCGAAGAAAUUUUACCAGAUUUGAACGACACGAGUACAAGGAUAAUGACAUCGACGAGAUUACGUUGUUCGACCGAUCAAACCAACAAUUAUUGGAAACGUAAUGUAACACGUAAUCAAGGAACUUCGAUCGAGGAUAAUACGUCGUUAGAAAUGAAGAUCGAUAAACAUUAUAACAAAAUAAUACUAAACCCACUUCAGAUUGAAACGAAUUCGUUGUAUAAUAGCGUCGACGACGAUAGUAAGAUAUAUAGAAAAAUUCGUGAAUUUGGUACGAACACGGAGAGCCCUUUGAAGAGAUUAGAACGUGCACGUUUUCUCGUCGAGGACAUAGCACCGGUGGUCGUUAAAAAGAUCGAUAAAAAAUCAUACGGCACGAUUACAAAUUUAAUGAUGAAGGAUAUAUUGACGAACGAGGACGUGACCGUGAUAGUCGACGAUGCUCUUAGAAUCUAUAAGAAUACCGUUUUAAAAAAGACGUCGAACAGGGGAACCCAAUGUACCGAGGAAAUAAAAAGGAUCGUUGAUAAGCGAGAUCAGCGGGUACAAACUAACGAAUUGUCGUCAUUUAUUUCUAAAUUGAAAUCUAACGUUGGCGUUACGGCCAAACCAAGAUGUUCGGACGUUGGAUUAGAAGUUAGAAUUAAUGCCGAUACGCGAACCGUCGCAGUCGGUCCUGAUCCACUUUCGAUUCGUAAUAUUUCCUUGAAUUCGAUUAAUUCUAGAAGUCAUUCGUUUAAUUAUGGGGAUAAUAUUAAUAAAAGGAAAACGAGGACGAUGAAAUCGAUCGGUGUGAUGGUCGAUGAUCUUAUCAAAAUGGCGACGAAAUCUGUAGAUACCGACGAUUUGACACCGAAGAGACGAGAAUUUGGUACUUCGCCGAUAAAGAAGAAAUUUAUCGACGCGUCGGUCGGUGACUCGAUAAAACCUCAUAUAUUAAUAUCAUGCAGUACGAAUUAUUGCGACAAUUGCAAGGAGACCAUUAAGAUGUUGGCUAAACAAAUAACUAAUAAUAACGUUGAGAAUAAUAUGAAUCAUCAGAACGCUAAUCUGGUGUCGAGGAUACCGAGACCAUCUCACAUAGCUCUUAAUACUUCUGAUCAUAAAAAAUUCAAGAGACAAGACACUUAUACCAAGAUACCGGCUGCGGGUAUUAUUCGUUACGAUUCGGAUAAUAAAGAACAGUAUGAUAGCAGUAAUCGCCUUCGACAAUUGGAAACGGAGAAGGAAAGAAAUGACAAAUCUAUGUCGGAGGAUAUGUCUCAGGACCAGCCUGAAAAAGGGGUCGAAAACGAAGAGAAACAAGAGCUACCCGAGUCGGCUCUCUUUCAACCUAUCCAAGAUGAUCCAAGAAAAAAAGUGGAACCGUCCAAAGAAAUGCAAGCCGCCAUGAAAGUGUUAAACGAUAGUUUUAAAAAGUCUCCUAGUAGAAACGUUUCUCAUCAGAUUAAAAAUGCCACAAAUAUAAUACAACAAGAGUGGUUUAAAAUAUCUAGUACGGCUAAUGCCAAUCCCUUGGACGUAGAAGAUUAUUUGGAUUGUUUCGAAGAAUAUUCUAGUACCUUGCUAGAGUAUAUUGUAAAUACGACUGACUCCAGCGGUAACACCGCUAUGCAUUAUGCAGUUUCUCAUGGAAACUUCGACGUAGUUUCCAUACUUUUAGAUUCCAAAGUGUGCGAUAUCAAUAAAGCAAACGUAGCUGGAUAUACGGCGGUAAUGUUAGCUGCACUGGCGGAAGUUAAGAAUUCUACUCAUGCUUCCGUAGCAAACAGACUGUUCCAGCUUGCCGAUGUCAACAUUAGAGCCAAAUUGCACGGACAAACAGCAUUAAUGUUGGCAGUGUCUCACGGAAGGAAGGAUAUGACACAAUUAUUGUUGGACGCUGGUGCCGCGGUUAAUAUUCAAGACGAAGAUGGUAGUACGGCUUUAAUGUGUGCAGCCGAACAUGGACAUACCGAUAUAGUACGAAUACUUCUAGCUCAUCCAGAAUGCGAUUCAUCGAUUGUCGAUAUAGAUGGUAGUUCCGCUCUAAAAAUUGCAUUGGAAGCUGGUAAUAGAGAUAUCGGUGUUUUACUUUAUGCACAUGAGCACGUUAACAGAGGUACUAGCCCAUAUUCGUCUAUAAGACGAAGUAGAAGAGGUUCAAAACCAACAACGCCAACCGGCCCUUCUCCUUCCGCUCCUGUAAGUCCAGCACCUUCCCGAAGGAUGCAUUCAUCCACGGUUUCCCUCAACACUUCAAAGUAUUCCGCUAAAUAACAGAGGAGCAUUUGGAGGCUGUUAACAAAGUUUGGUAAGAAAAAAGAUUAAAAUACUUACCGUUAAUCGCCUCGAUAUUAUAAUAAUUCGAGGUUAAGGGAGGAUUCGGUUUUUUCUUUUUUCUUCUUCUUCUUCUUCUUCUUCUACUUCUUCUUUUUCUUUUCUUCUUUUUUUUUUUCCCUGAUAAAAUAUGAUAUCAAUCCAUUUUAAUCAAAACUAAAUGAAAUUCUUGUUCGAUGAGAAUCUAUUAUAAGUAGUUUCUUCGGGUGUGUUGUAACAUAACGAAUUUAGAUAAAUGCUCAACUUUUGUACAUAUCUAUUUAGAGGAUGGUUGAGCUAUUAUUUUACCGUGAUUGGAAUUUAUAGAAACGGGGUUGUUGCACUCUUUUCCAGGUGCUAUCAAUUGUUUUCUACAAAUAGUUAAUAAAACCUUACGCAAGUAUGAGUUUUCAUAUCAAAUUUUACAAUGUUUUAUAAUAACAAUUUGGGAACAUUUAAUAAGUAGAGAGAAAGAGUGAAGAAUAUCAGAGUUAACGUGUUUCCAAAAUUAGGGGAAAAGGGAAAAAAAAACGAUCAAGUACAAAAUAUCCCUCGAUGCAGAGUUAGCUAAACGUGCCACGGUUAAAAACUAAAAAGAGGCAUUUUUUUUAUUUCAUUUUAUUUUAUUUUAUUUUUUUUUUUUUUUUUUUUAAGAAAAAAGGGAAUCGUCUUCCAACGAGCUGUGGCUCAAAACAUUCCAAAAUUAUUGAAUUAAAAAAAGAAAAAAAAAAGAAAACCAGAAUAAUAAAAAAGACGUAAAAAUAAUAUCACAUUUUCUUCGCGAAUAUUCUUUCUUUUUACCAUACUUUCUACAUAAUCUCCAUAUUCUUUAGGCCUAAUCGCCGUAGAUCCUUGAAAACUGAAAGGUAUAAUAAUAAAGAAGGUAAAAAAUAAAAAGAACCUAGAAAGUGAUAAAAGUAAUAAUAAAUGGUGCAGAAAAAAAUAAAGAACAUAAGGAUUUUAAAAAGUGUACAAAAGAACCUCGCGCGUAGAAGAAAGGUCAAUAGGGUGUUAACUCAUAAGUCUAUUUAAUUCAUUAAGAAAAUUCAUACACAUAUAUAUUAUCAACAAUUGUUUAAUAAUAAUCGUCGCACACAGUCGAAUUUAUAAUAAAAAAUAAAAUAUAAUAAAAUAUAAUAAAAUAAAAUAAAAAUAAAAAAAUACACGCACACGCCCACACUCAAAUAAAACAUACGUACACACACGCGAUAAACGAUGAAUAAUCUAUAAAACGUGUAUAGUAAGAAAUAAAGAGGGUUUUGCGUAAAUUUAGAUGAUCGAUCAGUAAUACGAUAUGACUGAAACGAUUUCUUUGUAGAAUUGUGAAUAAAUGGAUACGUUUGAAAAUGAUUUCAUUAACGUUUAUCCUAAAAAAAAUAAAAAUAAAAAAUUAAAAAAAAAAGUAUCUCUUCUCGUUAAGAAUCGAUUUAUAAAAAAAAAAAAAAACGGUGUUAUACAUAUAAUAUAUCUCUUUGUAUUUAUCAAUUGGAGAUAACAUUGUAUAAAAUAAUGAUCUACAUUAGAUAGUA